AUGUGGCCCAACUUCUUCCGGCAGGAGGACAUCAGCCACCUGUCCCACCCGCAGGCAGGCGGGGCCCUCAUGAUGACUGACAAAGGCCGCGGGGUAGCGGGGGGUGUUGGGGCCAGGGGGGCAGGCGCAGCCGGGGGAGGCCGAGGGGGCAACUCGCGUGGUGGCGGUGGGGGUCCCGGCCACCUCUCCGAUGCGACCGAGGGCCUCGUGAAGCUGUGCGGCCUGCUGGCCCUCGUGGGCUCUACCCUGAUGCUCCUCGCCGUGGGCACCGACUUCUGGGCCGUGCUGCUUGGCCCGGGAUUCGCUGGCGGGGGCCAUCACCACCAGCAACACGACAACCACAACCACGAACCCGACCGUCACCUCCACCCCGACCUCCGCGCCCGCGGUAACGGCACCGAAGGGGUGGGCGAGGUUUGGGACAAUGGAGUGGGCGGAGCUUCUUUGAACAAAGGAAGAGUGGGCGGAGCCUCGAAUGACAACGGAGGAGUGGGUGGUGCUUCAUCAUCCGAAUGGGGCGAGGCCCCCGCGGGGCUGAACCCCGCGUGCGAGUUGGCCCACGUGGGGCUGUGGCGAGCGUGCCACACGUGGACGCGGGGUGACGGGGCCAGAGGGUGCGGUCACGUGACCUUCAGGGGAGAAUUCAACUGCUCCUACUUCAGACACUUCACACGCUGGGAGGAGGAGACGGGUGGAUUUGACCUGACUCACGAGAGAGGGUGCAGCCUUGUUGCUGUGCUAUCGGCGGUGCUCAGCCUGGCUCUGAUGGGUCUGGGUGCCAUUGGAGUUGGCUUCACUCUCUACAGGCAGCAGAUUUCCCUGCUGCGCCCUACAGCCAUGGCUUACUUGUGCGCAGGCUUCCUGGUCCUCCUUUCCGCUGGCCUCAUGAGCCGCUGCAUCUCCCGCGAGGCCGCCGUGGGGGUGGUAAUGGGGGGAGGUGUGGGGGUGGAUGUGGGGGACUCCCUCCCCCUCCCCUCCCUCUCCCCCUCACAGGUCCCCCCCGCACCACCCCGCUGGGGCCGCCUCUACCUGGCAUGGUCGCUCAGCAGCGCCUGGGCCUCGGCAGCCUUCAGCCUCAUGGCCGGUGCCGGCUAUGCUGCCAUAGUCUUCCCCUGCAGGCGGAGGAGGAGAGGAAGCAUGGACGGGGUGGGGGGAGGGGCCCCCCAUUAGCUCGUUGGGCCGGCAGGAAAGAUGG